AUGGAAGGGACAAUAAAAUCGAUGCCAGCGCUUUAAGUGAAAAAUUUUGGAGUUAAAAGAGGCUGUUAUGACUAAUUUGCAAUUCUUUACAUGUUAAUGUAAUAGAAAUGUCAAAUUAAAAUUAUGCUAUUAUGAGUGACAUUGUAAGCAAAUACACGUGAAAAUAUUUAUUUUAUUUAAUCUCAAUAAAUUAUAAAAAAAAUGGGACACCAGAGUUGUUGUGUUGUGAAUUGUAAAAAUACCGGCAGGAAUAGUAAGUGCACAUUUUAUAAAUUUCCGACCGUUCAAUGGAAAUUAAAUCAACGGAAUCUCUGGAUAGCUGCAGUUAAAAGGUUAAAUGCUGAUGGAUCACCGUGGGUUCCCAAGUCAUACGAUUAUAUUUGUAGUGAUCAUUUUAUUGGAGGUAAAAAAUCAGAAGAGGAGUUAAGUCCUAGCUACAUUCCAACUAUAUUUCCUUCAAUUUACAAGCGUUCGAAAGUAAAUGAAUCUUCUGCUAUUAACAGAUUCAAGCGCGUAAUGAAUCGGCGGAUGAAAAAAAAAUUAUCUUUAACAUCAAAUCCUGAGUGCAAAGCUAAAGAAUCGAUAGAAGUGGUGACUGAAUUUUCCCAAGUUAUGCCUUCAAAAAUUGACCAAGAGUGUCAAGUAGACUUUUAUUCAAGGUCUGAUGUACAAUCUCAAACAUUCAUUUGUAAUCGUUUUGUCAAAGACGAUAUGUGUCAUGCUGAAACCCAAACAGAAAGCAAUUCGUAUUGUAAUGUAAACAAUACGGUGUUUAUCAAAGAAGAACCUGUAGAAAUUGAUGAUCAAGAUUUUACUGUCAAAGUAGAAUGUGUAGUUACUGAAGAAAAACAACCAUUAUUAUUUAAGGACAUAAACAUCAAAUUAGAACAGCCAGAACAUACAGAACUGAUAAUAAAGGAUGAAAUCUCUGAUAAAACAAUAGUAUUUGAACAGGUACAUUGUGGAGAAAAACAACCGAUAAUAAAGGAUGAAAUCCCUGAUAAAACAGUAGUACCUGAACAGAUACAUUCUGGAGAAAAACCUUAUUCUUGUGACGUUUGUGACAAAAAAUAUACCACAAAACAAAGAUUGAUUGAACAUAAAGCAGUUCAUACGGGAGAAAAACCGCAUGUUUGUGAUAUUUGUGAUAAAAAAUUCAUAUAUAAAACUAGUUUACGUGGGCAUAAAAAAAUUCAUUCUGGGGAAAAACCUUUUGCUUGCGAUGUUUGUGAUAAAAAAUUUAUAAUCAAACAAAAUUUAACUCUCCAUAAAUUAACUCAUACCGGUGACAAACCAUAUGCUUGUGAUGCUUGUGACAAAAAAUUUGCACGGAAAACUUAUCUUCAUGAACAUGAAAAAAUUCAUACCGGGGAAAAACCAUAUGUUUGUGAUAUUUGUGAUAAAACAUUUGCACAGCGAAGUAAUUUGCAUGGACAUAAAAAAUUUCAUAUUAUAGAAAAACCAUAUACUUGUGAUAUUUGUGAAAAAAAAUUUGCACAUAAAAGUUAUUUUGACGAACAUCGUAAAAUUCAUACCGGGGAAAAAGCAUAUACGUGUGAUAUUUGUAAUAAAAAAUUUGCACAGAAAAAUAAUUUUCGUGAACAUAAAAAAAUUCAUACUGAAGAAACUCCUUAUGCUUGUGACCUUUGUGAUAAAAAAUUUAAAGUAAAACGUACCUUGAAUGAUCAUAAAAGAGUUCACACUGAAGAAAAACCCUUUGCUUGUGAUGUUUGUAAUAAAAAAUUUAGACUGAAACGUACCUUGAUUGAUCAUCAAAGAGUUCAUACUGGAGAAAAACCUUAUGCUUGUGAUGCUUGUGACAAAAAAUUUGCACAAAAAAGUAAUUUGAUGGUACAUAAAAAAUCACACUCAUUUUAAAUUUUGUCGUAUAUUAUUACAUUUUUGACUGCAGCUACCCCACUAAGGAUCUCAUACAUAUAUAUUUAGCUGGUUAAGAAUGUGACAAGAAUUCCUUAUUUGCAUUCCCCUCUCCUGGACCAAAAGUUGAAUACGCCUAUGAUAGUAUUUAUUAACGUCAACGUAUGAUAAUUGGUAAUUAUUAUAGUCAGACCCCAUAUUCAAGAAGUUCAAAUUGAUGAAAUAUAGAAAUAAUGGUCGUAAAAAUACGUGUGACAGCCCGUUGGAUUCGGAAUGAUGUCUACAAAAAUGAGCCAGUAGCGUUUUUCAACAUAUAAAAAAUAUGGAAUAUUCAUGUAUUUUUUUAAUAUUUUUAAUUCAUUGUUUACACCUGUCAAUUUUUGACAGAUCAAUAUAAAAUUUACACUUUAAAAAAAUGAA